AUGCGUAUUCUCAAUGGCAUUUGUGUGUUUUACGUGUCUAGGCAGUCUGAUGUUCGCCCCGCCCACAGGCACCUCAUAAAGAUACUGCAACACUUCCGCCUUCGCGUUUGGAAAGCCCGUGAUAUACACCAUAGCCUGAAAAGUAGGAGAAAAUGUAACGAUCAUCGGUUUCUCAAAUUUCGUCGCAAAAUUCGUAAUUCACGCGUAGUCGUUUUAAAUGCGGAAACCUGGAACCUCGUUAUGAUGUUUAACUCAAAGGAUUGUUCUCUCCCCGUCGCCAACGUUUCAUCUGGAUACAAAGAAAAACCUUUCGCUAUUGUCGCUCCGAUUCAGAGAACAGCACCAUUAAAUCUAGGAGUUUCCCCUUCGAACCAGCGCGGCUUGCCCGAUGACUCUUUACCAAAUUCCCCCGAGUCUGACUGCGACGAAGUGCCAGGACUCGGCUUCCUGGAUCACAACACGCAGGAGAUUAUAGCCGAUUUUUUUCAGCUCAUCACGUCGCCUUCUCACUCUUGUGCACGGCAUCAUAAGGUUUUACAAACGAUGAAGCGCGUUGUAGACGGCCUGCUGGUUAAACAUGAGCUUGUUUAUAAAGGUAUGUUUAAUAAACUGAGUUUGGACGAGAAAGGAGACGACAUGAGAGUGGUGGGGUCCGUGGCUAAGGAGCUCUUCAGCGACGGCAUCACGAACUGGGGGCGGAUUGCCAGCCUGCUUGCCUUUGGGGUAGCUGUUGCUCGUUAUGAAAAGGAGUCUGGACGAGGGCACUGUGUAAGCCUUGUGGCACACGAGAUUUCAACCUAUCUCAUGGACAAUCAGAAGGAAUGGUUUCUGAAAAACAACUCGUGGGAUGGCUUUGUGGAGUUUUUUCACGUUCCUGAUCCAGAAUCUUCAACAAGGACUGCAUUACUGGCCUUUGCCACUGUGGCAGGUAUUGGGAGUGUUCUUGCCUAUUUGACAAGAUAGGAUCCACUCAACCUUUUGACUGACUUUGGAACUUCAUGUAAAAGAAAAUUAGCAUCCACGAAGACAGUUCUACCAUCAGUCUAGACUUUUGUAAAUUGUUUAAAUUGCUUUAUAUAUGGUGCGCUUUUUAUUCAUGAAGAGUUUAUUUUUUUUAUUAAAAUGUUAAUUAAAACACUAUGUGAUCUCACAAAAUAAGAAAGCAAGAGUGUUUGAGUUGAUGUAUUUAUUAAAAAAGAAUCAAUCAACAAGGAUUACUUAGUUAUAUAUAAGAGAACAACAAUGUGGUACUGUGAAUAUAUAGAGCAGUUUUCCCAGAAUACUGUUUAUUCUAAAGAUUGAAUAAGCUGAAGGCGCUUACUACAUUUUAAAGUGUAAAAAUUAUUCUCAUAUGUAGAAAAUGUAACUGUAAAAAAACAAAAAAAAACACUUUGGUGCCACCUCUGUGUUGAGUUUGGUUACUGUGUAGGCCUGCUGUUCAGAAAAUCUUUUCAACACAUUCAUCCACUCCUUUUCUGUAUCUUCUCUUCACGUUCAAAUGCCUUUGUAGAGAGGAGAGAUCAUACAAUAAACCUGAUUGCAUCAUA